GAAUUUAAUAGUUGAAUUUGCAAUAUUCGGUGAAUGAAAGGUAAAACUUUUAAAUAUUAGCUGAAAAAUAAAUAACAUUACCCCAAUGUAAUAAAUAAUAAGAUUUGCGACUUUCCAUAUAUAGUAUUGUUCUUUUAGUUACAUCACAGAUUCACAAUAAAACUGUUUUGGCUUUUUACUGCAAAGCAGUAUAGUACUCAUGCAUAAGUUUAUACAUGAUCUUCUCAUCUGUUUCAUACUUGUCAAUGAUAAUGCACUGCGAGAUUCCUCUUAUGUCUCGUUGCAGCUGUUUACUUUCUUAUCUCUUAAUCAAUCCCUCGUUCAGCAAUAAAAUUAUAAAACUAUCUAUCAAAAUCAUAUUUAACAUAGUUUCACUUUAUCCCACACAUCCAUGCCUCCAAGACCAUACUAUUCAUAGGUUUAUCAUAAAAGCUGGGAAACCGAACAUUUUAGAUGGAAAUAAUACAGACUUGUGGAAGCAAAGCUAAUAUUCCUAAAGACAGAAAAUGUAACAUAGCCUCACAUUAUUUCCUUAAAUCCCAAAAAUAGUAAUGCAACUCAUGUCUAUAUUAACCCUCCCAUCAAGAUCUUUCUAGCCAUUUGUUCAAACCUUUGUAAAAUUUAAACACCAAAAACCCAUCCCAAAAAAGAACCAUAGCUAGAAGGGGCCUUAUAGCCACAGUUGCAGGCCCCGUCUGCCCCAUUUCUAACAUGUUAAAAACACAUUAAUUGCCUCUUUCGGCCUUUUGAGUUUUGUGUAUAAAGAAAACCACAAAGAAAUGGCGUUGGAUGAGGACAAGAAACAGAGAUGCCUCGUCGCUGGUAGUGUCUCGGCUGUGCUACUGAUCAUGGUUGUCUCGGUAGCUGUCAUAACAUCUAAAAACUCACCCAAUGAAAAUCAGAUCAGGCAAACCACCAAAGCCGUUAAAGCAGUUUGUGCACCUACUGACUACAAAGACAUAUGCCUCAAAAGUAUAAUGGACGCUUCUCCCAACUCCACAGAGCCUCUCGAACUCAUCAAGCUUGCCAUCAACGUCACUAUCGAAUCCAUCAACCAGGGCCUCAAGAAAGCCUCUAUAGAUGUUAAACCCAAGACUGAUGAAGACCCAGAAGCAAAAGAUGCUUUUGAGCUAUGUGAGAAGCUAAUGUUUGACGCUAUUGAUGAUCUUAAAAAAUGUCUUAACCGUGGGUUCUCAGCUGCUCAAAUUGUAGGCUUUGUUGAGGAUCUUCGGGUUUGGCUAAGCGGCGCCAUUGCUUUCCAGCAAACCUGUAUAGAUUCCUUCAAGGAGAUUAAGUCUAAUACUCUUAUGAUUGACAUGCGCAAAAUCUUCAAACCAUCAAAAAGGCUUACCAGCAAUAGCCUCGCCAUGGUUACUGAACUUUCCACCAUUCUCCCAAAUUCCAACACCACAGGACUAACAAAAGCUCUUUCGAAAUACGCCAGAAAGCUUUUGAAUACAGAAGAAGAUGGUAUCCCAACAUGGGUUAGACCAGAGGUACGGAGGCUCAUGGAAGAAGAAGCACCACCAAUAGAAUUAGAACCACAACCACCACCACCACCACCACCAGCAAGAACUGAUGCGGUGGUGGCUCAAGACGGAAGCGGACAGUUCAAGACCAUCGCCGAGGCUCUAAACUUUGUUCCCAAAGACAACAGUCCAUUCAUCAUCUACAUCAAAACGGGUAUAUACAAGGAGCAAGUAAAGAUCACAAAGAAAAUGCCUUACGUCACUAUGAUAGGUGAUGGACAAAACUUGACCAUCAUUACAGGCAGCCUCAACUUCGGCAUCGGAAGAGUCAAGACUUUCCUAACAGCCACAGUCACAAUCGAGGGGGAGCACUUCACAGCGAAGGCCAUCGGGAUCGAGAACACAGCAGGACCAGACGGACGCCAGGCGGUGGCGAUGAGAGUCUCAGCGGACUACGCCGUGUUCUACGAAUGCAAAUUCGACGGUUACCAAGACACUCUAUUCGUCCACUCCCAACGCCAGUUCUACCGCGACUGCACCGUCACGGGAACCAUAGACUUCGUCUUCGGCGACGCCAAGUGCAUCCUCCAAAACUCCGUGAUCGUCUUCAGAAAGCCCAAGAAAGGCCAGACGUGCGUCGUCGCCGCUCAGGGGCGCAGCGACAGGCACGAGUCCACGGGGCUGGUGUUCCAGAACUGCCACAUAACGGGAGACGAGGAGUACAUGGCCAUGAGGCCCGCGAAGAAGUCGUUUCUAGGGAGACCGUGGAAACGGUUCUCGAGGACGAUCAUGCUGAUGUCGGCGCUGGAUGACGUGAUCGAUCCGGACGGGUGGCUUCCCUGGAAAGGUGAGUUUGCGCUGAAGACGCUGUACUUCGCCGAGUAUCUGAGUGGUGGGUUUGGAGCGAAUGAUAGCCUUAGAGUUAAGUGGCCUGGUGUCAAGAAUAUAACGGCUGAAGAUGCGCAGUUAUAUACUGGAGGUAGGUUCUUAGGUGGUGACUCGUGGAUCCCUCACACCCAAGUUCCUUACAUUGCCAACUUGUAGGAGAUUUUUACAAUUUGUACAUGUGUGUUUUUUAAAUGUGUUCUACUGAAACUGUGUUAGAGUGAAGUUAAGUUGUACUGAUUAGCGAAUAGAAAUAAUUAAAUAGUGUAUGAUGUUUAAUUUAUUGAUAGUUUAGUUUACAGUUGCGAGUAUUUAGAAUUUUGAAAAUAUGUGGAUCACUUCUGUUUUGAGAAAUACAUUCAGGCAAAAAUACUUUAACAUUUGAGUUUAGAAUGUAGAAUUAGGUUUAAUAUUUUUGAUUGAAUGUGAUAAUCAAACUUAUGGCAUUUCAAUCAAUUUAUCGUAUAAAUAUUUAUAUAUAAUUUGAUUUGU